GCCUCCACGGCGGCUGCGCGGCGCAGGUGAGAGGCGGCGGCGCAGGUGAGAGGCGGCGGCGCAGCUCCUGCGGAAAUGGAUGACUUGGAGUCAGAGUUUAAUCUGAAAGUCGUCCUGGUCAGUUUCAAGCAGUGUCUCAAUGAGAAGGAAGAGGUGCUGCUGGACCACUACCUCGCCAGCUGGAGGGGGCUGGUCAGGUUCCUGAACAGCCUGGGCACCAUCUUCUCGUUCAUCUCCAAGGACGUGGUGGCGAAGCUGCAGAUCAUGGAGCAGCUGUGCGGUGGCCCCCAGCGGGAGCACUACGGCACCCUGCAGGCCAUGGUGGCCUACGAGGUGGGCAGCCAGCUGGUGGACCUGGAGCGGCGCUCCCGCCACCCCGACUCGGGCUGCCGGACGGUGCUGCGGCUGCACCGCGCCCUGCACUGGCUGCAGCUCUUCCUGGAGGGCGUCCGCACCAGCCCUGAAGACGCGCGCACCGCCGCGCUCUGCACUGACUCUUACCACGCCUCGCUGGCCGCCUACCACCCCUGGAUCAUCCGCCGGGCCGUCACCGUGGCCUUCUGUGCACUGCCCACACGCAAGGUCUUCCUGGAGACCAUGAAUGUGGGGUCCCCCGAGCAGGCCGUGGAGAUGCUGGGCGAGGCCCUGCCCUUCAUUGAACGCGUCUACGACAUCUCCCAGAGGCUCUACGCCGAGCACGCCCUGCUGGACCUACCCUAGGGGCUGGCGGGCCCAGGUGGGGUGGGCUUCCCCUAAUCCAGAGCUGGGUGGGGGCAGCCGGGACCCAUCAGUCCCACUGUGGAACUUUCUGGGUCCCCCUGUGAGCUGAGCUUGUCGGGAGCCACUCAGAGCCUCCAGCCACUGCAGGCAGGCUUCACGGAGAAGGCAGACGCUGGCCGUCUGCUCCACGCCCGGCCUCUCCUUUGCCCGAGCACCUCAUCUUUACCCUCAGCUAAGUUACACCCGUGUCCAGUCAGGCCUCUCCCGGGUGGAUGAAGUGCAGGAAGCAGGCAGUGGGGGGCAGGAUCAGGGCUCAUGGAAAAGCUGCCCCUGCCUGGGGGUCAAGUCUGUGAGCUACGGGGAGUCAUGGGGCCCAGGACGCAGUGUCUGCCCAGCUGGGCUGCCUUGGGCCCCUCUGUAACGGCUGGCUGUCCCCAGGACAGGGAGAGAGUCCUGGGCAGGGGUCAGCACUGCAGGCUUUCUCCCCGCCCCUCGCCGCCUCCUCAGUCAGGGGCCCACGUGUCCUCGGCAGUGACAGCAGGACCUGAAGCCCCGAGGGAAGGCCUGCCCUGCUGCCACCGCCCUGCACACAUGCCAGCGGCCGCCUGCAGCCUAGAGUCUGCACAGCACAGCCCGAGAGCCCCCAGGAUCCCAGGACUCCUCUGGGCCAGUGCUGGCCUCUCCCUCCCCAGCAUCCAGCGAGAUGCCAUGUUCCCUCUUCCCUGCCCCUUACUGCUCCAUCCCUGUGGAGCUCAGGAGACCCAGGAUGACAUAGCACAAGGGAGGGGGCCUCGACCGCUUUGCCUCAGUGACAGGCUGGCAGGUGGCCACACCCAGCCCGGCCAUCACCCAGUGCUUGGGGGCCUGGCCCCACCCGCUGCCUCUUCGCUGUGAGGCCAGGACCUCAGGUGCCAAGGGGACAUUAUUCACCAUGAAGCAAAUGUACAUAAGUGCAAGCUUUCAGGCACCCUUAGAAGCUGUAAUACGGGUGAUGGGUUUUCCAAAAUAAAUAAACUGCACUUAGCAGAA